AUCAAAACUAUAUGAGCAAUUUCUUGCUCAUGCUGCAUUUGCAAACCAUUCAUAGUACAAGACGGCUAUGUAAAAUGGCAGAGAACCUACUGUACAUUUAUGUAACUAUUUUAUUAGUAAUUCAUUUAUUACUGUUAGUGUUAUUGAAUUCGGUAUUUGUUUAUAUAUAUAUAUAUAAUAAAAUAGAAUAUAGAAUAGAAAUGAGACAUGUUCUCUGUUACUCCAAGUUUCGUGCUUGCGCGUGUUUCGAGUUUCGAACUAUCAAAAUACAUCUGGGAACUUAAAGACAAAAACAAGGAUUAUGUAUCAAUGACAUCAAAGAAAUAAUAAACAGCCAGAAAAUAUUUGUAUCAGCUGACAAGUCAAGAAAUAUAUACAAACUCGAACCAGAGAACUACAUGAAACUAUUGAAAGAAAAUGUCACCAAAGAUUACAAGAAAUCAGAUGUAGUGAAAGUACAUAAAAUCAAUCGCGAUAUCAAACAAAUUGCACAAGAUUUAUCGAUCGAAGAAAGAGUGGAAUGUUUACAAAACAAAGAAGCUUAUAUCACCAUCAAAGAUCAUAAAGAAAACUUCCCCACCAAGGUAUCAUGCAGACUUAUAAACCCAACCAAAUCAGACAUUGGCAAAAUUAGCAAAACAAUAUUAGAUAAAAUUAACAAUGAGAUCAUCACAGCAAGUAAAGUUCACCAAUGGAAAAAUACAGACUCAGUUAUCCAAUGGUUUAACAGUAUUAAUAAUAAAGAAGACGUAAAGUUCAUCACCUUUGACAUAGAAUCAUUUUACCCAUCAAUAUCUGCUGAACUAUUCAACAAAGCUAUAGACUAUGCCAAAAACCUAACAGAUAUUACAAACAAAGAAAUUGACAUUAUAUCGAAAUCAAGGAAAACAUUACUUUUCAACUCAGGAAUCCCAUGGGUAAAGAAGAAAGGCGACGAAGAUUUUGAUGUACCAAUGGGUUGUUUUGACGGAGCAGAAAUUUGUGAAUUGGUUGGUACCUACAUCUUAAACAAAUUAAAUUCAGUAAUGGGUAACGGAAAUGUUGGGCUAUACAGAGAUGAUGGGUUAGGUAUUGUAAGGAAUUUAUCAGGACCAAACAUCGACCAAAAAAAAAAGAAAAUCAUCCAAAUAUUCAAGGAGUGUGGACUAUCUAUUACAAUUAAGACAAAUCUCAAAACAGUAGACUUUUUAGAUAUACGCCUGGACCUUCAAAACAAUACUAUUCAACCAUAUCGAAUACCAAAUAACAAUCCUGUCUACAUCAACAAACAUUCUAAUCACCCGCCGACAGUAUUAAAAGAACUACCUAAAGGCAUCAACAAACGGAUAUCAGAAUUAUCAUCAACUGAAGAAAUUUAUAGAAGAGAAAUGAUCGUAUAUGAAGAAGCUCUUAGAAAAAGUGGUUUUAACGACAAUUUGAAAUACAUCCCCAAAGAUACCGAGAAAAGGAAAAAUGAAGAUAAAAAGAAGCGCAAACGGAAAAUUAUUUGGUUUAAUCCACCCUACUCGAGGAAUGUCAAAACCAACGUGGGCAAAAUCUUCUUAAAGCUUGUAAAGAAACAUUUCGCUGAUGAUGAAAAACUGGCUAAAAUUUUUAAUAAAAACACAAUCAAGGUUAGUUACAGCUGCAUGAAAAAUAUAGGUUCCAUAAUAUCCUCACACAACAAAUCUGUUUUAAACCCAAAAAGCAAGGAAGAAUAUGGAUGUAACUGCAAAAACAAAGGCGACUGCCCAUUAGGAAAUGAAUGUUUAACACCCAACCUCAUAUAUGAAGCAACAGUUAGCAACGAUAAAGAUGAUGAAAAGAAAAAAUAUAUUGGCCUCACCGAAGGUACAUUCAAACUACGAUAUGCUAACCAUAACAAAGAUUUUAAACACGAAAGAUAUAAAAAGAGUACCGAACUUUCAAAAUAUAUUUGGAAAUUGAAGGAACAAGGAAAGACACCAACCAUUAAAUGGAGAAUUGUCAAGAGAAUAAAAAGCACAGCUAGAAGCAACUUUUGUAAAUUAUGCCUGACAGAAAAUUUUUAUAUAAUUCAAUCUUUAGGGGACAAUAAAAUACUUAAUAAUAGAACAGAAUUUAUAAGCCAAUGUAGACACCAAAACAAACUUUUGAUUAGCAAUUUUCGAUCUUAGAAUGUAGUUGUUAUGAUUUAUCACUCUGCACAAUUAACUUCGUUUGAUUGUGUUCGAUUAUUCGUUUUCACCGUUAUAUCUUGCUUGCCGUUAGCUUGUGUUCUUUUAUACACCUGAUGAUUGUUUACACAUGAAACUCAGAGUUGUGUCACAAUAGUCUGUUUAUUUUAGUCUAUAUAUAUAUAUA